CUUCAGCGCUCCUUCCUCAGCUGGGCAUCCAACACCACUUCGACCACUUGCCCCCUCUCGCCGACGAUCUCUUCCCCUCUCCUCCUCUCUCUCUUCCACGGUUUCCUUCUCGGAUUUCGCACCCAACAUUCCAUGAGAGGAUCGUUGAUGAUCUUUUUCCCCUCCUCCUCCUCCUCUCCUGUUUGAGCGCACCACCACCACCCUGAACCCUUUCUCGCCGGACCCUCGGCGCAACGGCUGCUUAUCUCCAUUUCCUCGUAAUCCCCGAUCUUCCCCACACUUCAUCACAGGCAACCGCCAUUUUCCUCCCCCUCAUCGCUGCCGACCAAGACAGCCAAGGUCCGGUCUUUGUGUGAAACCCUCGGCAUCCUUGAUCCUUUCCGCUGCUGUCCCGUCGUCUGCAUCCUCCAAUGGCCCAAGGGAAUGCCGAACUUCCCCAGCAGGAUGCCAGUCCGAUCAUCACGGAGCGGCCGCCGAGGCCGCCGCCCUUUCGUUAUGGUUCCACCCCUUCAUACGAAAGCCCCCAGAGACAUCACCGCCGGAACCCAAUAGUCAGGCGUCCAGUCAAGGAAACUCUUAAUGCUCGAUCCGAAUAUUAUACAAGCCAGGAUGAUGGUACUGCUGAGCAUAGGAUUAAUCAAUAUGUGAUCAAACAGGAGAUCGGCAGAGGAUCAUUUGGAGCAGUGCACCUGGCUACUGACCAGUUUGGAAACGAAUAUGCUGUCAAGGAGUUUUCCAAGGCUCGUCUACGGAAACGUGCACAGUCGCAUCUUCUGCGCAGGCCUCGAGGCCCCAAGCGUCCUUCUGAUGGGUUCAACUCCCCGCUGCAUCGCCGGCCCCCAGGCGAUGCUGAGCACAGAGAGAAUGCCCUCUAUCUAAUCAAGGAAGAGAUAGCCAUCAUGAAAAAGCUGAACCAUAAUAACCUCGUGUCCCUAAUAGAGGUUUUGGAUGAUCCCAAGGAGGACUCGUUAUACAUGGUCAUGGAGAUGUGUAAGAAGGGUGUGAUCAUGAAGGUUGGGCUCGAGGAAAGAGCCGACCCCUAUGAUGACGACCAGUGUCGCUGUUGGUUCCGGGAUCUGAUUCUGGGCAUUGAGUACCUGCAUGCACAGGGAAUCGUACACCGAGACAUUAAACCAGAUAAUUGUCUUUUGACGAGCGACGAUGUUCUGAAGGUCGUGGACUUCGGUGUGUCUGAAAUGUUCGAGAAAGAUUCGAAUAUGUUCACCGCAAAAUCGGCCGGCUCUCCUGCAUUUCUCCCGCCGGAACUAUGUGUGGUGAGGCACGGAGAUGUCUCGGGCAAGGCCGCAGACAUUUGGUCCAUGGGUGUCACAUUAUACUGCCUUCGAUACGGUAGAUUGCCCUUCGAGAUGCAGAGUAUUUUCGAGCUCUAUGAAGCCAUCAAGAAUGACCCUGUGGUUUGCGAAGGUGAGAGCGACGAAAAUUUCAGGGAUUUGAUGUCACGGAUUCUGGAGAAGGACCCCACGAAACGGAUACAGAUGGAGGAGUUACGAGAACACCCAUGGGUGACGAAGAAUGGGCUUGAUCCUCUAUUGCCAGAAAGCGAAAACACCGUUGAAAUCGUCGGCCUCCCCACAGAAGAAGAAAUGAACUCUGCCAUUACAAGGACUAUUGGUCACGUCCUCGCCGUGAUCAAAGCUGUCAAACAUUUCAAGAGACUCAUCGACCCGGCAAAGGCGGAUCCGCCCAUGCAAAGUAUCCUAGGUCAAGAGUAUGAGACCCACUUUGUUGAGCCUCCUAUGGAAAUGGAACCAGACGAAAGCUUCUCAGCCGGCAAUAUGUCUGUCCUCAACAACAAGAGCCAGAGCCUGAACACAUAUAAUAGGAGACCCUGGGAACGCGAUAACGUCCUGCAAGGAUAUCAUCGGCGGCGCGAGGAUCUUAUCUUCAAUCAGUUCAUAGACAGUAGCGAGUCUGUCAGUUUCCAAGGUAAACCUGACCCUACUCCGGGCAGCAACAGCAGGAAUACGCCCAGGCUCGAACCUGAGAGGAAGGAUUCUGGGUCCUUUCGCAGCACCAAUAUCGGCGGGGGGUCUAUUGAUGACUUACAACUAAACUCCACGCCUCAGUCCCCAUCUCCUUUUGUCCCUCUGUCUCGAGCAAGCUCAGUCACUACAAAACGCAGUAUUGAGGGGACUCGCGGGCAUGCACGCGAUCCUUUAGAAGAGGAAUUUCCAUUUUUGUACAUCGGGCCUUCAACGUAUACUGGCUCCUCGGAAGAAACCAAAGAGGAAUUAGAUGCCGACCCAAUCUUCGAAGAACCAGAUACCAUGAUCUCCACCGAACCUGCCGAAAUGGACACGGAUCUGUCCUAUCCAAUUGUGAGCGAAUCACCGGGCGCCGCCGAAUUUGACAUCUACGAGACUGCAUAUCGACAAGAAAUAGAACGCAUCCGGACACGUACUCUCCCAAGACAGGGCACGAUACCUAAGAUGUACCUUACUCGUCGCGUGGAAGGUCGAGACGAUGUGAAGAAACUAGUAGGGCAGGAUGCCCCUGAUCUAAACUUCGGGGCCGGCAGAAAGAAUACCGGCUUAAGCCUGAGCUCUGCAGUCAGCGCAAUUCGGCUUCAGCUGGAGCAGCAACAGAAACUAAAGGCUGCACAGAACCAAAAACCAGCUCAGCCCUCUUUGCCAUCCGCAUCUAUCUCAGAACCUAUCGCAUCAUUGUCUGCGGCGACCGGUACCGCAGCUCCCGAUACAUCGAACUCAGAGGCUUCUUCAAUCAGGUUAAGAAGCUUGCUUGAUCGUGUCAGAAGUAGUCAGGAUCCAUGACGGAGAGAGGUCUAAACGGGUCCCGGGUCAGGAUUCUUGGGUACGGGUUGACAGUGGCAGGCCAAUGAAAGGAAAAAUUUCCGAUUCAACAGACAAGAUAAGAAUCUGGCGAUACAUCCCAUGUCACAUAUUCCUGGCAACCUCGUUUCAUACUGUAAACGUACAUGCAAAGGCGCUUCGUGUGACAGCCAAGCGUCGUAAAUGGAGAGUAUUGUAAGUCAGAUCGUCGCGUCUAUAUAGCCGUAUCCUACAAUAGAAGAUGCUACAAUACGACAUGGUCAUAUGUGGUGUCAACAUAUGGCGCCUUCUCU